CACAAUAAUCAACUCAAGCAAAGUUCCAGACAUCCAUGGAAGAAGCAAAAGCAUCUCUAAUCAAACGAAACCGAUUCUCCAGAACCGCAUCCCACACCCACGACGAGCUCCACAGCUUCCGAACAUGGCUCCAAUGGAUGUGCGUUGACCAGUCAAACAUCUACACAGCAACUCUAUCAUGGUUGAUCUUCAUCAUCUUCACGUUCAUCGUGCCCAGCUUGUCCCAUUUCUAUUUGGCGUGCAGCGAUUGCGAUAACCGGCACGCGAGACCGUACGACACGCUGGUGCAGCUGUCGCUGAGCAGUGUGGCGACGUUGUCGUUCGUUUCGUUAUCGCAGUUUGUGAGGGUUUAUGGGUUGAGGAGGUUUUUGUUCUUUGAUAAGCUUUGUGAUGAAAGUGAGAUUGUCAGGAAGGGGUAUACGGAUCAACUUAAUAGAUCACUCAAAAUCCUCUCCAUCUUCGUCCUCCCCUGUUUCGCUGCCGAAAGCGCGUACAAAAUCUGGUGGUACACGUCAGGCGCCACAGCCAUUCCCUUCUUGGGCAACGUUAUCGUAAGCGACACAUUCGCAUGUGUCCUGGAACUCUGCUCAUGGCUCUACAGAACCGUCGUGUUUUUCCUCGUCUGUGUCCUCUUUCGCCUCAUUUGUUGCCUCCAAAUCCUCCGUCUACAAGAUUUCGCUCAGGUCUUCCAAGUUGACUCCGAUGUCGAGUCUGUAUUGAGGGAGCAUCUCAGGAUCAGAAGGCAUUUGAAGAUUAUUAGUCAUCGUUACCGUGUGUUCAUAUUGUUGGCCCUUAUUCUAGUCACGGUCAGUCAGCUUGCGUCGCUUCUUAAUACCACCCGCAGCUCUGCAGAACUCAGCAUUUUCAAAUCCGGUGAACUUGCAUUGGUUUCUGUAAGUCUGCUUGCGGGCUUAAUGAUACUGCUGAGAAGUGCGACAAGGAUCACCCACAAGGCGCAAGGCGUGACGUGCCUGGCUGCCAAGUGGCACGUAUGUGCAACAAUAGAUGCUUUUGAGCCACUCGAAGCGGAUACCGAGACUCCAACAGUCGGUGUCGUUGGCGAUCCGGUGUUCCAUGAAGCUUCAUCUUCCGACUACGAUGAUGUCGGCAGUGAAGAAGAUGAGUUGGAUAAUUGUAAACUUAUCCCGGCAUAUGCUUAUAGCACCAUCUCUUUCCAGAAAAGGCAAGCCUUAGUGACGUAUUUUGAAAACAAUAGAGCUGGGAUAACCGUAUUCGGGUUUAUGCUGGAUAGAACUUCAAUACACACUAUAGUGACAAUAGAGAUGUCACUGGUCUUGUGGUUGCUUGGAAAAACCAUUGGUAUUUCAUGAGAAAAUAGCUUUAAAACCAAGAAAAUCAGCAUAAUAAUUGCAGAAGAAAGAAUGCAACCAUUUGGUUCCUUUCACGGGUUAGUUAACGCCAAUGGCUGUCUACAACGACAUAAACAUUGUUGGAUGAGAAUGUGUAUCGAGGGGUUGAAACGAAGUCUGAACGGGUUGGUUUUUUUUUUUUUUUACAAAUCAUUUGUUCGUUUAUUGUUUUUGGUUGUGCUGAUUGUUUGUUGAUUAAACUCGAUUGUAACAUAUUACAUAUCAUGUGUAGUUACUGAUAUUUAUGUCAUGUGUGAUUGUUCAAUUGAUAGUCA